AUGCCACACUUUAAGUCGCUCCCCAACAAAAAGUCAGACCAACACCGGUUGAAACCAAUUAUUUCGAAGUAUAUGACAAGAAGUCAGGCGAUUAAACGCCUUUCAUUGAACAUGUCACAAUUUCGACGUCUUUGCAUCUUAAAGGGUAUUCAUCCCCGUGUACCUCCAAAGACGACCGAAGCGCAAGAGCGCCAAAUCUUUUAUACCAGGGACGACAUCUCAUCGUUGGUUCACGACAAAGUCACAGCAAAGCUUUUGAGCAUGCGAGCGUUCAAGAAGAAACUUCAACGUCUUGAGAAUCGUAAAGAAUUUGGAACAAAGAAAAUAGUCGAGCGCAGUUGUGUUCCACAACUUGAUUUGAAAGAUACCAUUCGUGAAAGAUAUCCGACAUUUGCAGACUGUUUAAAGGAUCUGGGAGACUGUUUGUCGAUGGUGUACAUGUUUGCGUCACAAGGACUGACCACUGGCGAACGUUCGCAACACGUCAAAUUAGCGCGGAGAUAUGUCCUUGAAUGGGAGGCCUAUGUGAAACAUCAGGGUUUGCUCCGAAAGUGUUUCAUUAGUACUAAGGGUUUCUUCUAUACGGCUUCUGUUUGUGGGAUCCCAGUGACUUGGAUAGUCCCCCACGAGUUCAUGAUCGAGAAGAGUGAAACCGUCGACUUUAACGUCCUUCACGAGUUCCUCAACUUCUAUGUCAUUUUGAUGAAGUUUGUCUGUUUCAAGUUAUACAACACUGCUGGUCUUGUCUACCCCCCACGUAUUGAUUAUGUCCCGGGGACUGAGUUUCUUGGAGAGGUCCACGUUGAGAGAAUUGCAGAAAGCAAAAAGAAGACGUUUGAGAUUAAACAGAUCAAGCAAGAGAAGCCGAUUGUUGUCGACGAACUGAUUGAUGUGAAAGAUGCGGUGAAAGGAAGUGAGAAUGCAAUAGCCACAGAAAUGGCGAAAGAAAGUGGUGUCAAAUCCGAUGAGACAAUUGAGAAGGAAAAGAUGGAGGAGUUGGACACGAACAAUAGAAUAGAAGAAGUCGACUUAGGGAAUAGAAGUGGGCAAGGGUUAAUGUCAGGGUUAGUGUUCUAUGUUCAGAAAGAAGUAGCGCAGAAUGUUAAAUUUGUGAUAGAAUGUGUUGGUGGGAUGAUAGUGACUGAUGUCAAUGACGAACAAAUCACACAUCAAGUUGGUGAAAGAGGAGAACACAAGACGAUAGCCCGAGAGUUUGUCCAACCCCAAUGGAUCUUCGACUGCGUCAAUGAGAAUUUCUUGUUGCCGUGUGCGGAGUAUGAAAUAGGAAAGAAAUUACCACCACAUUUGUCGCCUUAUGGUAAUGGGGAUGGGGACUAUAUCAGUGAAAGAAGAAAAGAGUUGGACAACAUCAAGAAGGGACAUGAAUACAAUUACGACGAAGACGCCGAGAAGAAGGAAAAGGCAUCAAAAGAGAUUAUUACUGAAGAUAUGGAAGGCGAUUUUGUUAAAGGAAUGCUCGAGGAACAAGGCAAAGAAAUUCCAAAGCCUCACGAAGGACCAAAGAGUCUUAAAACUAAAGAGAUGAAAGCAGAAGAAGAUGAGAAGAAGCGUAAGAUGGUCAUGUUAGUCGGAAAGAAGAGAAGAGCCGUUAUGAAGGACGAAUUUGAACAGAGAAAGAAGAAGAGAACACUCAAAGGAAUGCACGAGAAGUUGUUAGCGUCUAAGAAGCGCACAGACAAGAAGAGCGACGCAUCUGAUGAGUAA